CCGCCCCGGUCGGCGACUGCUCUCCGGCUCCGCAGCAGCCAGCUGACACCAGUCACGGAGCCGCCGCCUUCGCUUUCAUCUCCGCCUCCGCCUCGAGGAUCCCGGCCAGGAGCGAGAGCCGGCAGCUAACCCGCGAGCCGCCGCCGCCAUGGGGAACCGCGUUUCGCGGGAAGACUUCGAGUGGGUCUACACCGACCAGCCCCACGCCAGUCGGCGCCAGGAGAUCCUGGCAAAGUAUCCAGAGAUAAAAUCCUUAAUGAAACCUGAUUCCAACUUGAUAUGGAUUGUAAUUUUGAUGGUUCUCACUCAGUUUGUUGCAUUUUACUUAGUAAAGGACUUGGACUGGAAAUGGGUCCUAUUUUGGGCAUAUGCCUUUGGCAGCUGCAUUAAUCAUUCAAUGACUCUGGCUAUUCAUGAAGUUUCCCACAAUAGUGCUUUUGGCCAAUGCAAACCUAUGUGGAAUCGCUGGUUUGGAAUAUUUGCUAAUCUCCCUAUUGGUGUUCCAUAUUCAGUUUCCUUUAAGAGGUAUCACAUGGAUCAUCAUCGAUACCUCGGAGGUGAUGGUGUCGAUGUGGAUAUUCCAACUGAUUUUGAAGGCUGGUUCUUCUGUACCACUUUCAGAAAGUUUAUAUGGGUUAUUCUUCAACCUCUCUUUUAUGCUUUUCGACCUCUGUUCAUCAACCCCAAACCAAUUUCUUAUCUGGAAAUUAUCAAUACUGUGAUCCAGAUCACUUUUGAUGUUGUGAUUUACUACGUUUUGGGAAUUAAAUCUUUAGUCUACAUGUUGGCAGCAUCCUUACUUGGCCUAGGUUUGCACCCAAUCUCCGGACAUUUUAUAGCUGAACAUUACAUGUUCUUAAAAGGACAUGAAACUUACUCAUACUACGGGCCUCUGAAUUUACUCACCUUCAAUGUGGGUUACCAUAAUGAACACCACGACUUCCCCAGCAUUCCCGGAAAAAGCCUUCCCCUGGUGAGGAAGAUAGCAGCUGAGUAUUAUGAGAGCCUCCCCCACUACAAUUCCUGGAUAAAAGUACUGUAUGAUUUUGUGAUGGAUGAUACAAUAAGUCCCUAUUCGAGGGUGAAGAGGCAUCAAAAAGGCAGUGUGGUUCUGGAGUAAAUGUCAUUAAGGCCAAAGGAAUUCCUCUCUGAAACUCCAGAAUAGCUGAGAAAGUGGAAUUUUUGCAUUACUAAAAAGACCAGCGAUGUUUAGAAGCUGCCCUCCUACAAAUACGAAGUCUGAUCUUCAUGGUAUCAAGAAGCUAAUUUGGCUGUAAACAGUCAGCCUAUCUGCGCAGCAUUCAGCUUUACUCACAGGAAACUCGUUCGUUGUAUCACCACCACCGUGGUGGAUGUUUUUACUUAGGUCUGACACCUUGUAAGCAUAUCGUAAAAAAAGCUUUUCAAAAGCUGUUUCUAGUUUGUUUUCACUAUAAGGAUUUACGUUAUUAAAACACCUAAUAGACUGAGCUGUUGAUCACAA